ACGUAUAAUCAGAAUCUGGCGUUCAGGGUGUUGCUGAGCGAGGCCAGUGUGUCGCUGAAGGAUGACAUCACCAGUCGGUCGGGUUCCGUGGAGCUCUUGAGGCUGACUCUGUCCAAGCUGCUACUGAAUCUGUGUCCUUCCCAGCUGGGUGAAGGAGGCCUGGGGCUGGGUGAAGGAGGCCUGGGGCUGGGCACCCCCGGGAUGGGAGAGGCCUGUCUGGUCGAAGUCCACUGUGCCAGCCUACAGGUGGGUUGACUCACAUUUUAUAGGUCACCUGACGAAGGCUAUUUAUAGGUCACCUGACGAAGGCUAUUUAUAGGUCACCUGACGAAGGCUAUUUAUAGGUCACCUGACGAAGGCUAUUUAUAGGUCACCUGACGAAGGCUAUUUAUAGGUCACCUGACGAAGGCUAUUGCAGCCGAAACAUUGUAUGUGCAUGAAGGAAUAUAGCACAGGAGCAAUAUGAUCAAUAUGCAGGCUUUUCUUUCAUUAUUGACUGUGAAGUAAUACAUACAAACCAUCUUCUGCAAAUAGAAAACUAGAAAAGGUACAUUUCCUGAAGAAGAGUUGUGUGCGUGCUUCAGCCAUCUAAAUAUCUUCCUCUGUUCUAUUCCAGGUGGAGAACUAGAAUAUAGAUCUAUAUUAACUAGAUAUUCCUCUGUUCUCUUCCAGCUGUAUAACUAGAGUAUAGAUCUACGCUAACUAGACUAUAUAGAUCUAUAUUAACUAGAUAUUCCUCUGUUCUCAUCCAGGUGGAUAACCAGCUGUAUAACUAGAGUAUAGAUCUAUGCUAACUAGACUAUAUAGAUCUAUAUUAACUAGAUAUUCCUCUGUUCUCUUCCAGGUGCAUAACCAGCUGUAUAACUAGAGUAUAGAUCUACGCUAACUAGACUAUAUAGAUCUAUAUUAACUAGAUAUUCCUCUGUUCUCUUCCAGCUGUAUAACUAGAGUAUAGAUCUACGCUAACUAGACUAUAUAGAUCUAUAUUAACUAGAUAUUCCUCUGUUCUCUUCCAGGUGCAUAACCAGCUGUAUAACUAGAGUAUAGAUCUACGCUAACUAGACUAUAUAGAUCUAUAUUAACUAGAUAUUCCUCUGUUCUCUUCCAGCUGUAUAACUAGAGUAUAGAUCUACGCUAACUAGACUAUAUAGAUCUAUAUUAACUAGAUAUUCCUCUGUUCUCAUCCAGGUGGAUAACCAGCUGUAUAACCGUGCCAGCUUCCACUUCCCAGUGUUGCUGUGCCAGGAGCAGAGUGUCGAGCUUCUCCCCUGGACCAUCGAUGUCAACCCCACCACCUCACUACAGGCCCUGGAGGAGUUUAAGGCAUCAUGCUUCCUCCAGCUGGGUCUCACCCUGGACAGGUAUUAUACCAUAUGAUCACUUUUAUUGGCCAUGGAAAUAAAUGCUGUGAGGUCAGCAUACCCAACUACACAAUAUCAUUAAUACAAUAUAAUAAUACAAUACAAUACAUCAUAGUCCCCUGUGAGACACUGUCCAGCCAUGUAAUGUAUCAUAUGUUGUGUCCUAUGGCCCACUGUUCAAUAGCCUGCUGGUGGUUGAGAUAAAGCUGGCCCCGCCCUACUCCUGUUGUGGUCUUACUGACUGUUGGGACCUUGUAUGUCCUACAGGGAGGGCUGCAGUGUGGACCAGCUGACCUUCCACAUCAAACCAGCCCGUCUCUACCUGGAGGACACCUUUGUCUACUACGUCAAGACUCUGUUCCACACCUACAUCCCAGACUCAGCCCUGGCCCCCUCCCCGGGCCCUAACCCCUCAGAGCACCACGGGGGUCCCCUGCUCCCGAAGACCGUUCUUCAGUCCGUUCCAGCCCUGGUGCACCCUCUGAGGCUGCAGCGACUGGCCAUUCAGCCGGUCAACCUGUUGGUCAGCAUCCACGCCUCUCUGAAGCUCUACAUAGCCUCGGACCACACCCCCCUGUCUUUCUCCAUGUUUGAGAGAGGACCGCUCUGUACUACAGCCAGACAGCUGAUCCACGCACUCGCCAUGCACUAUGCUGCCGGAGCGCUGUUCAGAGCUGGUGAGUGGGAGUGUGUGUGUCUGCCUGCCUGCCUGCCUGCCUGUCUGCAUUUACACCUGAAUAACCAGAUAGAUUCAUACACGCAAUAUGGAAUUCCAUCAGCCCAUCUGAUAUAAAGAGUUUGGACAGCUGUAUCUCUCCAGAUCUAGUUAACUGGUCUGUAUAGACUACAGCUAUAUCCCGUGUGGUCAGAGAGAGAGAGAGAGAGAGAGAGAGAACAAUAAAAAAAUAAAAGAACUAUAAACUAUAAAAGAGGAAGAAAAAAUCUAAUAUUUAUUGGGUGAAAAUCCAAAAUGUGCAAUUUUGGCAGCCAAAUAUGUGUCCUCCUGCCACAACCUGAGGGACAGCCAGUGAAAAUUGUAAUGUAAUGUCAAUAAUAUUUCCUGUUUUGGUUUGGCUUUCAUGCCAUGUAAUGUGUCUUCUCAGUCAUGUUGAGAUUGGUCGACUACUAUUGCUUUAAUGUAUUGUUAUUCUCAUGAAUAUUGUUGUUGUAGUUGCUGUUAAUGGUAAUCCCAUUUCCACUACUACUAUUAUUAUUGCUGUUGGUCCCACCAUUUUUGUUAUAUGUAUACUUUGACAAUGUAAGUAAUUUUACUUGCCAUGUCAAUAAAGUCUAUUGAAUUGAAUUGAGAGAGAGAGAGAGAGCAGGCCCCUAGAGUACGGUCCCUGAUGGCCGGGCAACGAGGGGAGGCUGUCAAACGCUAACAAACAAUGUGACAUAACUUUACUAGUCUGACUGUAGGACUGCCUGCUGGGGGACUUUCCCUGCAGGGAGCUGAUAUCUCCAACAGGUUUAUGACCAUGUUAACGUUCCAUACUGCUGUAGUAGGGUCUACUGUUAAGAUCUGUUGUAAGUAGUGUAGUGUACACACCUACUGCUGCAUGAACUCACAUGUAGGAUGCCUUCCCCUACAUGGGCCCUGGUCAAAAGUAGUGCACUAUUCAGUAUUGGUAUUAGGGUGCACUGUGGGACACAGCCAUACUGUACUGUAAUCCAUGCGUAAAUGUAUAGCUGUGCAACAUCUCACCUCUCUCUUGUCUUUGAUACACAGCUCUAUAGAUGGACAUAGAUUAGUGAUAUUUAUAUGCUGUCAAUUGCAUCACAAAAUCAAAUGCCAGUUUUUCAAAGCCCAUGGCCCUUUAAACACACACUCUCUCUCUCUCUCCCUCUCUCUCUCCCCCUCCUGUCUUCUAGGCUGGGUGGUGGGGUCUCUGGAUCUCCUUGGUAGUCCUGCCAGUCUGGUGAGGUCCAUCGGUAACGGCGUAGCAGACUUCUUCCGUCUGCCAUAUGAGGGUUUAACCCGUGGCCCCGGGGCCUUUGUCAGCGGAGUGUCACGAGGAACCACCUCAUUCGUCAAACACAUCUCUAAAGGUACCAUACCACAUCUCUAAAGGUACCAUACCACAUCUCUAAAGUACCAUACCACAUCUCUAAAGUUACCAUACCACAUCUCUAAAGGUACCAUACCACAUCUCUAAAGGUACCAUACCACAUCUCUAAAGGUACCAUACCACAUCUCUAAAGGUACCAUACCACAUCUCUAAAGUACCAUACCACAUCUCUAAAGGUACCAUACCACAUCUCUAAAGGUACCAUACCACAUCUCUAAAGGUACCAUACCACAUCUCUAAAGGUACCAUAACACAUCUCUAAAGUACCAUACCACAUCUCUAAAGUACCAUACCACAUCUCUAAAGUUACCAUACCACAUCUCUAAAGGUACCAUACCACAUCUCUAAAGGUACCAUAUCACAUAUCUAAAGGUACCAUACCACAUCUCUAAAGGUACCAUACCACAUCUCUAAGGUACCAUACACAUCUCUAAAGGUACCAUACACAUCUCUAAAGGUACCAUACCACAUCUCUAAAGGUACCAUACCACAUCUCUAAAGUACCAUACCACAUCUCUAAAGGUACCAUACCACAUCUCUAAAGGUACCAUACCACAUCUCUAAAGGUACCAUACCACAUCUCUAAAGUACCAUACCACAUCUCUAAAGGUACCAUACCACAUCUCUAAAGGUACCAUACCACAAUCUCUAAAGGUACCAUACACAUCUCUAAAGGUACCAUACACUCUAAAGUACCAUACCACAUCUCUAAAGGUACCAUACCACAUCUCUAAAGGUCCAUACCACAUCUCUAAAGUACCAUACCACAUCUCUAAAGUACCAUACCACAUCUCUAAAGGUACCAUAACACAUCUCCUAAAGUACCAUACCACAUCUCUAAAGUACAUACCACAUCUCUAAAGGUACCAUACCACAUCUCUAAAGGUACCAUAUCACAUAUCUAAAGGUACCAUAUCACAUAUCUAAAGGUACCAUACCACAUCUCUAAAGGUACCAUACCACAUCUCUAAAGGUACCAUACCACAUCUCUAAAGUACCAUACCACAUCUCUAAAGUACCAUACCACAUCUCUAAAGUUACCAUACCACAUCUCUAAAGGUACCAUACCACAUCUCUAAAGGUACCAUACCACAUCUCUAAAGGUACCAUACCACAUCUCUAAAGGUACCAUACCACAUCUCUAAAGGGUACCAUACCACACUUCUAAAGGUACCAUACCAAUCUCUAAAGGUACCAUACCACAUCUCUAAAGUACCAUACCACAUCUCUAAAGGUACCAUACCACAUCUCUAAAGUACAAUACCACAUCUCUAAAGUACCAUACCACAGCUCUAAAGUACCAUACCACAUCUCUAAAGGUACCAUACCACAUCUCUAAAGUACAAUACCACAUCUCUAAAGUACCAUACCACAGCUCUAAAGUACCAUACCACAUCUCUAAAGGUACAAUACCACAUCUCUAAAUGUUAUUCUUAGACUGAAGCCUGUAUUGUCUUGAAGUGAUAUAAAACAAUAGAUAUGUGGUUAGAUGUGAUUAGUUUGAAAUUACCCUGUCAAGAGCACAAACAGACCUGGGACCAGGUUAGUCAAUGAGUUAAUUCUCCUGACUCCUCCUGUAGGCACGCUGACCUCCAUCACCAACCUGGCAACCAGCCUGGCCAGGAACAUGGACCGACUGUCCCUGGAUGAGGAGCACUAUACCAGGCAGGAGGAGUGGAGGAGGCAGCUACCUGAGAGCCUGGGGGACGGACUCAGACAGGGCCUCUCUAGACUGGGCAUCAGCCUACUGGGUGGGUAGAGUAUAGACAGAUAGUCAGCCAUCCAGUCAGCCAGUCAGUCAGUGGGUAGAGUAUAGACAGAUAGUCAGCCAGUCAGUCAGUCAGUAGGUACAGUGGAGACAGUCAGUCAGUCAGUCAGUGGGUAGAGUAUAGACAGAUAGUCAGCCAGUCAGCCAGCCAGUCAGUCAGUAGUAGUCAUCAGCAGAUAGUCAGUAGUAGGUACAGGGAGACAGAGUCAGCAGUCAGCCAGCCAUCAGUCAUGGUAAUAGCAGACAGUAGUCAGUUAGUGUAAGUAUGACAGAUAGUCAGCCAGUCAGCCAGCCAGUCAGUCAGUAGGUAGAGUAUAGACAGAUAGUCAGUUAGUAGGUAGAGUAUAGACAGAUAGUCAGUUAGUAGGUAAUAGACAGAUAGUACCAGCCAGUCAGCCAGUCAGUCAGUAGGUAGAGUGGAGACUAGUCAGUUUAGGUCAGAUAGCAGAUAGUCAGCCAGUCACAGUGGCAGUACCAGUCAGUCAGUCAGUCAGUAGGAGAGUAAGACAGAUAGUCAGUUCAGUAGGUACAGUGAGACAGACAGUCAGCCAGUCAGUCAGUUAGUAGGUACAGUGGAGACAGUCAGUCAGUCAGUCAGUCAGUAGGUACAGUGGAGACAGUCAGUCAGCCAGUCAGUCAGUUAGUAGGUAAAGUGCAGACAGUCAGUCAGUCAGUUCAGUAGGUACAGUGGAGACAGUCAGUCAGUCAGGUCAGUAGGUACAGUGAGACAGUCAUCAGUCAGUAGGUACAGUGGAGACAUCAGCCAGUCAGUCAGUCAGUGGUACGUACAGGCAGUUAGCCAGUCACUCAGACAGUCAUCUGCCAGCCCGUCAGUCAGUAGGUACAGUGGGACAGUCAUCCUGUCAGUCCGUCAGUCAGUAGGUACAGGGAGACAGUCAGCUUCCAGUCCCUCUCCAGCCAGUCAGUCAGUAGUACAGUGGAGACAGUCAGUCAGUCAGUAGUACAGUGGAGACAUUCAGUCAGUAGUACAGUGGAGACACAGCCAGCCAGUCAGUCCAUUUCAGUAGGUACAGUGGAGACAGUCAGCCACCAGCCAGUCAGUCAUAGAGUACGUGGAGCCAGUCAGUCAUUCAGUCAUAGUAAGGUAAAAAGUGGAGACAGUCACGCCAGUCAGUCGUCAGUCAGUAGGUACAGUGGAGACAGUCACUCACUCAGUCAGUAGGUACAGUGAGACAGUCAGCCAGUCAGUAGUGUAACAGUGGAGACAGUCACUCACAGUCAUCGUAGGUACAGUGGAGACAGUCAGCCAGUCAGUCAGUUCAGUAGGUACAGUGGAGACAGUCAGCUCAGUCGUCAGUAGGUACAGUGGAGACAGUCAGCCACCAGUCCAGUCAGUAGGUACAGUGGGCGCAUCAUCAGUCAGUCAGGUACAGUGGACAGUCACAGUCAGUCGUCAGCAGUAGUUACAGUGGAGACAGUCAUCAGUCAGUCAGUCAGUAGGUACAGUGAGACAGUCGCAGCAGUCAUUCGAGUCAGUAGGUACAUAGUCAGUGGAGACCAGUGGAGCACAGCAGAGUCAGUGUAGUACAGUGGAGACAGUCACCAGUCAGUCAGUCAGUGGUACAGUGGAGCCAGUCAGUAGUUCAGUAGGUACAGGGAGGUCAGCGAGUAGGAAGGCAGUGGGACAGAGCAGUCCAGGUAGUCAGGGAGACAGUCAGCAGUAGUCAGUCAGUGGUACAGUGGAGACAGUCACUCAGUCAGUCAGUCAGUAGGUACAGUGGAGGCAGUCAGUCAGUCAGUAGGUACAGUGGAGACAGUCAGCCAGUCAGUCAGUCAGUAGGUACAGUGGAGACAGUCAGCCAGCCAGUCAGUCAGUAGGUACAGUGGAGACAGUCAGCCAGUCAGUCAGUCAGUAGGUACAGUGGAGACAGUCACUCAGUCAGUCAGUCAGUAGGUACAGUGGAGCCAGUCAGCCAGUAGGUACAGUGGAGACAGACCAGCAUGGUCCCAAUAAACACCUAGGGUCUCACUGUUUCAAAGACAUGACACUAGAGAAACAGCUGCUUGUGACAGGGGAGAUCUGGCUCCAAGGACCAUGUUGUGAUUGGUUGGGAGGUUAAAUCCCUUAGUGGGCCUGCUGUAUCCACACUGUCAAUCACACACAUUACCUGUAUACAAUAUCCCUUUGAUAUAGACCAGAACUUCAGUAACCGAUAAUACUGUAAUACAUGAUACUCUGUUGUAAUACAUGAUACUCUGUUGUAAUACAUGAUACUCUGUUGUAAUACAUGAUACUCUGUUGUAACACAUGAUACUCUGUUGUAAUACAUGAUGCUCUGUUGUAACACAUGAUACUCUGUUCUAAUACAUGAUACUCUGUUGUAAUACAUUAUACUCUGUUGUAACACAUGAUACUCUGUUAAACACAUGAUACUCUGUUGUAAUACAUGAUACUCUGUUGUAACACAUUAUACUCUGUUCUAAUACAUGAUACUCUGUUUUAAUACAUGAUACUCUGUUCUAAUACAUGAUACUCUGUUAAACACAUGAUACUCUGUUGUAAUACAUGAUACUCUGUUGUAACACAUGAUACUCUGUUAAACACAUGAUACUCUGUUGUAAUACAUGAUACUCUGUUGUAACACAUGAUACUCCGUUCUAAUACAUGAUACUCUGUUGUAAUACAUGAUACUCUGUUGUAACACAUGAUACUCUGUUAAACACAUGAUACUCUGUUGUAAUACAUGAUACUCUGUUGUAACACAUUAUACUCUGUUCUAAUACAUGAUACUCUGUUUUAAUACAUGAUACUCUGUUGUAAUACAUGAUACUCUGUUGUAACACAUGAUACUCUGUUAAACACAUGAUACUCUGUUGUAAUACAUGAUACUCUGUUGUAACACAUGAUACUCUGUUCUAAUACAUGAUACUCUGUUGUAACACAUGAUACUCUGUUAAACACAUGAUACUCUGUUGUAAUACAUGAUACUCUGUUGUAACACAUUAUACUCUGUUCUAAUACAUGAUACUCUGUUUUAAUACAUGAUACUCUGUUCUAAUACAUGAUACUCUGUUAAACACAUGAUACUCUGUUGUAAUACAUGAUACUCUGUUGUAACACAUGAUACUCUGUUAAACACAUGAUACUCUGUUGUAAUACAUGAUACUCUGUUGUAACACAUGAUACUCCGUUCUAAUACAUGAUACUCUGUUGUAAUACAUGAUACUCUGUUGUAACACAUGAUACUCUGUUAAACACAUGAUACUCUGUUGUAAUACAUGAUACUCUGUUGUAACACAUUAUACUCUGUUCUAAUACAUGAUACUCUGUUUUAAUACAUGAUACUCUGUUGUAAUACAUGAUAAUCUGUUGUAAUACAUGAUACUCUGUUGUAAUACAUGAUACUCUGUUGUAACACAUGAUACUCUGUUGUAACACAUGAUACUCUGUUGUAAUACAUGAUACUCUGUUGUAACACAUGAUACUCUGUUGUAACACAUGAUACUCUGUUGUAAUACAUGAUACUCUGUUGUAACACAUGAUACUCUGUUCUAAUACAUGAUACUCUGUUGUAAUACAUGAUACUCUGUUGUAACACAUGAUACUCUGUUAAACACAUGAUACUCUGUUGUAAUACAUGAUACUCUGUUGUAACACAUUAUACUCUGUUCUAAUGCAUGAUACUCUGUUUUAAUACAUUAUACUCUGUUCUAAUACAUGAUACUCUGUUAAACACAUGAUACUCUGUUGUAAUACAUGAUACUCUGUUCUAAUACAUGAUACUCUGUUCUAAUACCUGAUACUCUGUUGUAAUACAUGAUACUCUGUUGUAAUACAUGAUACUCUGUUGUAAUACACGAUACUCUGUUGUAAUACAUGACACUCUGUUGUAAUACAUGAUACUCUGUUGUAAUACAAGAUACUCUGUUUUAAUACAUGAUACUCUGUUGUAAUACAUGAUACUCUGUUGUAAUACAUGAUACUCUGUUGUAAUACAUGAUACUCUGUUGUAAUACAUGAUACUCUGUUGUAAUACAUGAUACUCUGUUGUAACACAUGAUACUCUGUUGUAAUACAUGAUACUCUGUUGUAAUACAUGAUACUCUGUUGUAAUACAUGAUACUCUGUUGUAAUACAUGAUACUCUGUUGUAAAACAUGAUACUCUGUUGUAAAACAUGAUACUCUGUUGUAAUACAUGAUACUCUGUUGUAAUACAUGAUACUCUGUUGUAACACAUGAUACUCUGUUGUAAAACAUGAUACUCUGUUGUAAUACAUGAUACUCUGUUGUAAUACAUGAUACUCUGUUGUAACACAUGAUACUCUGUUGUAACACAUGAUACUCUGUUGUAAUACAUGAUACUCUGUUGUAACACAUGAUACUCUGUUGUAACACAUGAUACUCUGUUGUAAUACAUGAUACUCUGUUGUAACACAUGAUACUCUGUUGUAACACAUGAUACUCUGUUGUAAUACAUGAUACUCUGUUGUAACACAUGAUACUCUGUUCUCUCCAGGAGCGAUAGCUGGCAUCGUGGACCAACCCAUGCAGAACUUCCAGCGGGGUUCAGAGAUGCAGAGUUCAGCAGGCAGCAAGGCCAAGGGGGUCAUCUCUGGGGUGGGGAAAGGCAUCGUGGGGGUCUUCACCAAACCUAUAGGGGGCGCUGCAGAGCUGGUCUCGCAGACUGGAUACGGUGGGUUCACACACUUCACUGCUUUUUAACUUUUUAUUUGAGCUUUAUUUUACCACUGGCAGGUCAACUAAGAACACAUUCUUAUUUACAAUGACGGCCUUGAUCAUUUGUUAACACUGCACUGUUUAACAGUAGUGGACACACCUCCAGUCCAUCCAACACAACCAGUUUAUUGUCACUCAGGCCUGACGAAGACCUUCCAGUCAAAACGUUACAAUAAACUUUAUGGGAGCAUUCCAAUGCUGUUACACUUAACUACAAGUCCCCUGUUAAGCAAUUGUUGUUUUUCUUUACUGGCCACCCACUCCAGCUAGCACAGAUGACUCCCUCCCUCCCUCAACAGUACUGUAGGCCUGCUGUAGUGUUCUGUCCAGGGGGGUCCUGGCGGGAUGCUAACACACAGUAAUGCACCCUCCAAGGAGCCCUAGCGGUCCUAGCGUAGCGGUAUGCUAACAUGCUGUAAUGCCCAGUCUAUGGGGUGGUAGCGCUCCUAGCGUAGCAGUAUGCUAAUUGGCUGUAAUGCCCAGUCUAUGGGAUGGUAGCGUUCCUAGCGUACCGGUCGUAGCGUAGCGGUAUGCUAACAGACUGUAAUGCCCAGUCUAUGGGGGUGGUAGUAGUCCUAGCGUAGCGGUAUGCUAACUAGCUGGUGUAGAAGUGAACAGCACAUCAGAGCAUGGUAAAUCUGUCAGUUGUAAUGGUGAUCUCCCGUUCAGUCCUGUUGACUCUGGAGUGUUUAUUAGCUGGGCCCCUGAAGCUGUACUGGGCUCCGGACAGUUUAUUAGCUGAGUCCCUGAAGCUGUACUGAGCUCCGGACAGUUUAUUAGCUGGGUCCCUGAAGCUGUACUGAGCUCUGGACAGUUUAUUAGCUGGGUCCCUGAAGCUGUACUGGGCUCCGGACAGUUUAUUAGCUGGGCUCCUGAAGCUGUACUGGGCUCCGGACAAUUUAUUAGCUGGGCCCCUCGGACAGUUUAUUAGCUGGGCCGCUGACAGCUGUAACUGGGUCCUCUGAAGCUGUACUGGCUCGGACAGUUUAUUAGCUGGGCCCCGAGCUGUACUGCUCUGGACAGUUUAUUAGCUGGGCCCCUGAAGCUGUACUGGGCUCUGGACAGUUUAUUAGCUGGGCUCCUGAAGCUGUACUGGGCCCCUGAAGCUGUACUGGGCUCCGGACAGUUUAUUAGCUGGGCCCCUGAAGCUGUACUGGGCUCCGGACAGUUUAUUAGCUGGGCUCCUGAAGCUGUACUGGGCUCCGGACAAUUUAUUAGCUGGGCCCCUGCUCUGGACAGUUUAUUAGCUGGGUCCCUGAAGCUGUACUGGGCUCUGGACAGUUUAUUAGCUGGGCCCCUGAAGCUGUACUGGGCUCUGGACAGUUUAUUAGCUGGGCUCCUGAAGCUGUACUGGGCCCCUGAAGCUGUACUGGGCUCCGGACAGUUUAUUAGCUGGGCCCCUGAAGCUGUACUGGGCUCCGGACAGUUUAUUAGCUGGGCUCCUGAAGCUGUACUGGGCUCCGGACAAUUUAUUAGCUGGGCCCCUGCUCUGGACAGUUUAUUAGCUGGGUCCCUGAAGCUGUACUGGGCUCUGGACAGUUUAUUAGCUGGGCCCCUGAAGCUGUACUGGGCUCCGGACAGUUUAUUAGCUGGGCUCCUGAAGCUGUACUGGGCUCUGGACAGUUUAUUAGCUGGGCUCCUGAAGCUGUACUGGGCUCCGAACAAUUUAUUAGCUGGGCCCCUGCUCUGGACAGUUUAUUAGCUGGAUCCCUGAAGCUGUACUGGGCUCUGGACAGUUUAUUAGCUGGGCCCCUGAAGCUGUACUGGGCUCUGGACAGUUUAUUAGCUGGGCUCCUGAAGCUGUACUGGGCCUCUGAAGCUGUACUGGGCUCUGGACAGAACAGACACACAGAGCUGCUGCUGAAAGCCCCAAUAACGUCGCUGAGCUGUGGCUCUAUAUGCUCUGAGGGGUUUAGGUUUUAUUAAAGACUGAGGAGGGGGAGGGGGUGAGGAGGGAGGGAGGGAGGAGGAGGGAGAAGGAAGGGGGUGAGGAGAGGGGAGGAGGGGGAGUUCCUGUGUUAGUCAGCACUAACAGGUCAGUACUACAGAACAUUAAUAUUAAAUGAAGUGAGCAGCUCCGUGUCAGAACCAUGGCACCCUAGGGACGGGUGCUAAUCUAGCUCCCCUAGCUAGGGAAUGUACCCUAGCACACACACGCAUAAACACACACACAGUGAAAUGUUUGAUGCCAGGGAGGUUAAGUGUUUAUUAUUGUGUGGUAGCAAUGGCCAUCAAUUAACCCCCCACUCCAAAUACACACACACUGCUAGGGUACAUUCCAAAAUACACCCACAACACACACACACACACACACACACACACACACACACACACAGGGCGUGAGUAUGUUCCAGAGUGCCAGAGCAGUGACAUCAUCAGCAGUAGAAUGUUUUAUGAUCUGUUUUAAAUGCAUGACAUCAUCAAGUCACUCCACGGCUGACAGGAAGACGAGGCAACACACACACACAGGAACACACACAGGAACACACACACAGGAACACACACAAUAACACACACACAGGAACACACACACAGGAACACACACACAUACACAGGAACACACACAUACACACAGGAACACACACACACACAGGAACACACACACAGGAACACAUACACACACACAUACACAGGAACACACACAUACACACAGGAACACACACACACACACAGGAACACACACAGGAACACAUACACACACACAGGAACACACACACAUACACAGGAACAGGAACACACACACAGGAACACACACACAGGAACACACACACACACACACAGGAACACACACACACACAUACACACAGGAACACACACACAUACACAGGAACACACACAGGAACACAUACACACACACGCACACAAUCACUCAUCCUGUGGGUCUUGGGGACUGAGUAGUGGCUAGUCUACUCUACCCUGAACCUUUCUGCUUUGAUCUACUCUACAUCUGUGUGUGUGUGUGUCUGUGUGUGUCUGUGUGUUGUCCUGAGCAGGUAUCCUUCAUGGGGCUGGUCUGUGGCAGCUCCCCAAACAGCUGUACCUCCCAGCAGACCAGAAGUCAGCCCUCGCCCCCAACAGCCACGUCAAAUACGUCUGGUAAGAACUGCCCUCUAUAACACACAUACAGUGCCUUGCAAAAGUAUUCAUCCCCCUUGGCGCUUUUCCUAUUUUGUUGCAUUACAACCUGUAAUUGAAAUUGAUUUUUAUUUGAAUUUCAUGUAAUAGACAUACACAAAAUAGUACAAAUUGGUGAAGUGAAAAAAAAAAAUAACUUGUUUCAAAAAAUUCUAAAAAAUUUAUAAUGGAAAAGUGGUGCAUGCAUAUGUAUUCACCCCCUUUGCUAUGAAGCCCCUAAAUAAGAUCUGGUGCAACCAAUUACCUUCAGAAGUCACAUAAUUAGUUAAAUAAAGUCCACCUGUGUGCAAUCUAAGUGUCACAUGAUCUGUCACAUGAUCUCAGUAUAUAUACACCUGUUCUGAAAGGCCCCAGAGUCUGCAACACCACUAAGCAAGGGGCACCACCAAGCAAGCGGCACCAUGAAGACCAAGGUGCUCUCCAAACAGGUCAGGGACAAAGUUGUGGAGAAGUACAGUUCAAGGUUGGUUAUAAAACAAUAUCUGAAACUUUGAACAUCACACGGCGCACCAUUAAAUCCAUUAUUUAAAAAAUUGAAAGAAUAUGGCACCACAACAAACCUGCCAAGAGCAGGCCGCCCACCAAAACUCAUGGACCAGGCAAGGAGGGCAUUCAUCAGAGAGGCAACAAAGAUACCAAAGAUAACCCUGAAGGAGCUGCAAAGCUCCACAGCGGAGAUUGGAGUAUCUGUCCAUAGGACCACUUUAAGCCAUACACUCCACAGAGCUGGGCUUUACGGAAGAGUGGCCAGAAAAAAGCCAUUGCUUAAAGAAAAAAAUAAGCAAACACGUUUGAUGUUCGCCAAAAGGCAUGUGGGUGACUCCCCAAACAUAUGGAAGAAGGUACUCUGGUCAGAUGAGACUAAAAUUGAGCUUUUUUGCCAUCAAGGAAAAUGCUAUGUCUGGCGCAAACCCAACACCUCUCAUCACCCCGAGAACAGCAUCCCCACAGUGAAGCAUGGUGGUGGCAGCAUCAUGCUGUGGGGAUGUUUUUCAUCGGCAGGGACUGGGAAACUGGUCAGAAUUGAAGGAAUGAUGGAUGGCGCUAAAUACAGGGAAAUUCUUGAGGGAAACCUGUUUCAGUCUUCCAGAGAUUUGAGACUGGGACGGAGGUUCACCUUCCAGCAGGACAGUGACCCUAAGCAUACUGCUAAAGCAACACUCGAGUGGUUUAAGGGGAAACAUUUAAAUGUCUUGGAAUGGCCUAGUCAAAGCUCAGACCUCAAUCCAAUUUAGAAUCUGUGAUAUGACUUAAAGAUUGCUGUACACCAGCGGAACUCAUCCAACUUGAAGGAGCUGGAGCAGUUUUGCCUUGAAGAAUGGGCAAAAAUCCCAGUGGCUAGAUGUGCCAAGUUUAUAGAGACAUACCCCAAGAGACUUGCAGCUGUAAUUGCUGCAAAAGGUGGCCACACAAAGUAUUGACUUUGUGGGGGUGAAUAGUUAUGCACGCUCAAGUUUUCAGUUUUUUUGUCUUAUUUCUUGUUUAUUUUGCAAAAAAAAUACUUCGCAUCUUCAAAGUGGUAGGCAUGUUGUGUAAAUCAAAUGAUACAAACCCUCAAAAAAUCAGGUUGUAAGGCAACAAAGUAGGAAAAAUGCCAAGGGGGGUGAAUACUUUCGCAAGCCACUGUACACACAGCCCUGGUCCCCAACAGCCACGUCACCUUGAUGAAGGGAAGGGAUCACUGCCGCUAGCUUGCUUUCCAACCAAGGUGCAAACUGAAGUAGAGAGGAGAUUCAGCAACUCUUGGAGGACAAUGGAAUGUAUUUAUUUUACAGGGACAGUGCGCAUUAAUCAACAGCAAUAUUACAGGGCCUCCCGAGUGGCGCAGCGGUCUAAGGCACUGCAUCGCAGUGCUUGAGGCGCCACUACAGACCCAGGUUCGAUCCCAGGCUGUGUCGCAGCCGGCCGCGACCGGGAGACCCAUGAGGCGGCGCACAAUUGGUCCAGCGUCGUCCGGGUCAGGGGAGGGUUUGGCCGGCCCGGAAUGUCCUUGUCCCAUCGCGCUCUAGUGACUCCUUGUGGCGGGCCGGGCGCCUGCAAGCUGACUUUGGUCGCCAGCUGGACGGUGUUUCCUCCGACACAUUGGUGCGGCUAGCUUCCGGGUUAAGCGAGCAGUGUGUCAAAAAGCAGUGCGGCUUGGCAGGGUCAUGUUUCGGAAUUGGGGAGAAAAAGGGGUAAAGAAAUAAUACAAAACAUCAAUAUUACAGUAAUCCAACAUCCAUGUAAAUGUGCCAGGGUUAGCCAAGAGCUAAUUUACGCCUGUCGUCCUGGGAAGGUAAGGGCAAUUACACAGCCACUAUACAAAUACUAACUAAAAACCAUAGGAAUACGUUACAUCCUACACAAUAUGAUUCUAACAACAACCUAUUCAGAGUAAAAACACUGUCAUCAGCUGUCCUCUUACAUAUGAAGAGCCACUGAUAACUCACGUGUACAGGCUUGGUUAGAUUUGAGCCAGGAUCUAAAUGUAAAAGUGCAGUAAUCCGUUCAGUUUGUCAAGUCCAUGGACUGUGUAUUCCAGUAUAUUGAAGCUGUUGCUGAGAGGGCUGAUUGUCUGAGUUCACUGUGUCUGAAAGCGACAACGCAGUCCCCUCUAGUUACCGCCCUUGUUAUCCUGGAGGUGCUUUUCUUCAGCAUAGCUAGCAGCAUACCACCCUGCAUCCCACUGCUGGCUUGCCUCUGAAGCUAAACGGGGUUGGUCCUGGUCGGUCCCUGGAUGGGAGACCAGAUGCUGCUGGAAGUGGUGUUGGAGGGUCAGGCCAGUAGGAGCCACUCUUUCCUCUGGUCUAAAAACAAUAUCCCAAUGAUUGGGGACAUUGCCCUGUGUAGGGUGCUGUCUUUUGGAUGGGAUGUUAAACGGGUGUCCUGACUCUCUGUGGUCAUUAAAGAUCCCAUGGCACUUAUCGUCAGAGUAGGGGCGUUAACCCGGUGUCCUGGCUAAAUUCCCAUCCUGGGCCACCUAAUCAUCGUCAGCUUCCCUCCUCUCCCUUGUAACUCUUCCCCAGGUGGUUGCUGUAAAUGAGAAUGUGUUCUCCGUCAACUGACCUGGUAGAAUAAGGAAUAAAUAAAAACCUGCUGCCAUAGAGGUGGAGGCCAUGCAGGAUCUUAAAGCUUUCAUCUGCAUACUGCUUAAAUCUGUCCAGACUGAAUGCAUUGUGUUUGUGAAUGAUGUGGUAACUGUUUGGUUUGUUAUAAAAAAAAUCUGAAGUGUUUGUUUGUAGAGUGAUUCAAUGGUUUUUAGAGAAUGGGUGGGUUCCAUGCUUGUGCACAGCUGGUGACCCAAUAACUCAGAUGCCAGGCACACCGGUUUGUGUAAAGGAACUGCAACGCUGCUGAGUUUUUCACGCUCAACAGUUUUCCGUGUGUUUCAAGAAUGGUCCACCACCCAAAGAACAUCCAGCCACCUUGACACAACUGUGGGAAGCAUUGGAGUCAACAUGGCCAGCAUCCCUGUGGAACGCUUUCGACACCUUGUAGAGUCCAUGCCCCAGUUAAUUGAGGCUGUUCUGACAUCACACUCCCCAAACUACAGAGAGAGAGAGACAGACAGACAUCACACUCACCUAAUUACAGAGCAAGAGAGAGAGAACAACAUCACACUGCCCAAACUACAGAGAGAGAGAGACAGACAUCACACUCCACAAACUACAGAGAGAGAGAGAGAGACAGACAUCACACUCCCCAAACUACAGAGAGAAAGACAGACACACACUCCCCAAACUACAGAGAGAGACAGACAUCACACUCCCCAAACUACAGAGCAAGAGAGAGAGACAGACAUCACACUCCCCAAACUACAGAGAGAGAGAGUGAGACAGACAUCACACUCCCCAAACUACAGAGAGAGAGACAGACAUCACACUCCCCAAACUACAGAGAGAGAGAGACAGACAUCACACUCCCCAAACUACAGAGAGAGACAGACAUCACACUCCCCAAACUACAGAGAGAGACAGACAUCACACUCCCCAAACUACAGAGAGAGAGAGACAGACAUCACACUCCCCAAACUACAGAGAGAGACAGACAUCACACUCCCCAAACUACAGAGAGAGAGCGAGAGACAUCACACUCCCCAAACUACAGAGAGAGACAGACAUCACACUCCCCAAACUACAGAGAGAGACAGACAUCACACUCCCCAAACUACAGAGAGAGACAGACAUCACACUCCCCAAACUACAGAGAGAGAGAGACAGACAUCACACUCCCCAAACUACAGAGAGAGAGAGAGAGACAGACAUCACACUCCCCAAACUACAGAGAGAGAGGAGACAGACAUCACACUCCCCAAACUACAGAGAGAGAGAGAGAGACAGACAUCACACUCCCCAAACUACAGAGAGAGAGAGAGACAGACAUCACACUCCCCAAACUACAGAGAGAGAGAGAGAGACAGACAUCACACUCCCCAAACUACAGAGAGAGAGCGAGAGACAUCACACUCCCCAAACUACAGAGAGAGAGAGACAGACAUCACACUCCCCAAACUACAGAGAGAGAGAGACAGACAUCACACUCCCCAAUCUACAAAGAGAGAGAGCGAGACAUCCUGCUAAAGAGGAUUGGCAUAGAUGUCAUGUAGUAAUGAUCAGGGAAUCAAGGCCUUGGCAUGAGGAAAGCCAGAUCCAUCCAUGGCAGGGCUGAGUUCAUUAAGGCACACCAUUGUGGAACACAGAACAGACAUGCCUUCACUAUUCAUGUCCUUCCUACCUGCUAGGUUCAGUAGGUUUCACCCUGCUGAACGCAGCCCAAGGUCAUUACUGCCUCCACCAUCUGCUCCAGUCACAGCCGUCUCUACACAACAUGUUUCACCACUGGUGUAGGUGAACGCAGCCCAAGGUCUUUACCAAACAUGUGGUAGUGUUUGAAUAGACAGCAUAUGUAGUCGCUUCACAUGGGUGGAUACAUUUUAUAUGGACAUACGUGGUCACCUAUGUUCGUGUGUGUGUGUAUGUUACCAUGUGGUCUCUACCUAAUGGGAGUCUUGUAUAUUCAUCUGUCAGCUGACCUCUCUCUGUGCUGUGUGUGUGUCUGCGUGUGUGUCUGCCUACUCUUCAAAUGUGCUUCUUCCUCCCUCCUCACCCCAGGAAGAUGCUCCAGUCCCUGGGUCGUCCAGAGGUGCACAUGGCCCUGGAGGUGGUGAUAGUGUCUGGGUCGGGUCAGGAGCAUGCUGGAUGUCUGCUGCUGACAGGGGAGGUGUUGUUUGUGGUCAGUCUGUCUGAGGACACACAACAGCAGGCCUUCCCCAUCACUGAGGUGGCCUGUCAACAAGACCCCCACCACCUGGGGGCGCUGACGCUCACGCUGCAGCAGCAGAGACUCACCAACGAUGUAGAGGUAGGGGUGAGGGGGGGGGGUCUUGGUGUGUGUGUGAUCAUCAUAUGGUCCUUUAGCAGACGCGUUUAUCCUUAGCGAAUUACAGUGAACAAAAAUAUUCAGAUAUCAAAACAUGCAGGAAACAUCACUAAACCUCUCUCUUUCCUCUCGUCUGCUAUCCUCCUCCUCCUCCUCCCCCUCCUCUCCCUCCCCCUCCCCCUCCACCCCCUCCCCCUCCUCCCCCCUCAGGGUGACAGUGGUAGGGAGCAGUUGUCGGAGCAGCAGUAUGGUCGCCUGGUGGACUAUGUGACACGUGCGUCUGCGUUCCUCUCCCCCUCGGCCUCGUCCCUCCAGCAGGCUCCUCCCAUCGCCCCGGCCGAGCCUCCGGCCGCCGUCGCCAAGACCUACCGUUACCUGGUCAACCCCGCCCACGCCGCCGUGUUCGUCUCCAAGUUCACCAUGGUCAAGAACAAGGCGCUGCGUAUCGGCUUCCACUGACACAGAGACUCUAACACACACACACACACAC